AUGGGAUGUUCGACAAAUUUGUUUUUGUUCUUUAUUCUCGUAUUGAUCGCAAAAGUAUACGCCGCGUUGGCCAGUCCAUUGGCUGCUAAAAGCGAAGUAUACGAAAAGACAGCAGCUAAAAAUGAAAGUGCAAGAGCCAAAGUGAGCAACUAUUUUCUGCACGAGCCCUACGGUCCCAACACCUAUUCCUUUGGCUAUACAAUCGACGAUCCGCAGACGCAGAACUCUCAGUUCCGAGAGGAAAAACGCUUCGUGAAUGGAAGCAUUUUGGGAAGCUAUGGAUAUGCAAGGCCCGAUGGACGAAUCGAGGUAACCAAAUAUAUGGCUGAUGAGGAAAGGGGAUACUCUGCUCAGAUUGAGGUCUUCAAAGAGGGAGAUGAGCAGGUGAAAUCAGUUUGGCCAACCGAAAGACCUGAUAUCCUUGUGGAGAGAAGCAAAACGGACACCCUUAAAAAUGUUACUUGGGAUCCCAAGAGCCAUCUCAACGUGAGCGUCUCCCACGUGGCAGAUCAUGUAGCCCAGCAACUGAAGGAGCAGCAUGGACUCGAUCUGAACCACAUUGAUGUGACCAAGGAUGUGCUAAAGCCAGCGGUUCUCAAUGUAAUUCAGGGCAAGGAACCAGUUAAGGCUCAUCCAGUCGAGAAUCUUAUACCCCACCAGUUUCCCAUCGUUCCCUUUCAAUUGCCAGUGGCAAAAGAAACCAGCACCAAGGACAUGACUACAACUGUAGAACCCAAGAUAACCGAAAGUUCAAAAUACAACAAGGCCAAAACCAACAAUGCCGAGAAGGCUCCUCAAGUCGAGGAGACAGAGGCCCGUUUACCACCACCCAUUCCACUGGUGGAUAGUACUCCAAGCCAUGCAAAUUGGCAACAGCGAACCAUUGAGGCAAAUCGCCGCGAAUUCCUGGACAAUUUACCCAACUUAAGUCAGGCUAGGCCAGAGUAAAUGUUUGAAAAUGUUUCACCAGGCCAAAGUAAAUGCUAAGAAAAUCAGAAAAGAGGAUAGCUAGUAAUUCAAAUUGUGCAAAUAAAAAUAAUGCAGUAAUAUUUA